UGAUUAAAUUUCUUAUUUGAAAUGACGUCUAUUAUAAAACUGCAUACCAUUUCGGGGGCUAUGGAUGAAAGCCCCCCAUGCUACAUUCUUCAAGUUGAUGAGGUGAAAAUAUUAUUAGACUGUGGAUGGGAUGAAAAAUUUGAUCCUGAUUUUAUGAAAGAACUUAAGAGGCAUAUACACACAAUUGAUGUAGUUUUGCUAUCAUAUCCUGAUGCCAAUCAUCUAGGAGCUCUUCCAUAUAUUGUCGGUCGACUAGUGAAUUGCCCAAUUUAUGCAACUAUACCAGUUUAUAAGAUGGGGCAAAUGUUUAUGUAUGAUUUAUACCAGUCUCAUUACAAUGCAACUGAUUUCAAUAUUUUCACAUUGGACGAUGUUGAUGCUGCUUUUGACAAAAUUGUUCAACUUAAAUAUAAUCAAAGCGUAGCCAUGAAAGGAAAAGGUUACGGAAUCACAAUUACGCCACUACCAGCAGGCCAUAUGAUAGGUGGUACUAUUUGGAAAAUUGUCAAAGAAGGCGAAGAAGAUAUUGUAUAUGCUGUAGAUUUCAAUCAUAAAAAGGAACGGCAUUUAAAUGGAUGUGAAUUAGAAAAACUACAAAGGCCUUCUUUACUUAUUACUGAUGCUUUUAAUGCGACAUAUCAACAGGCUAGACGUAGAGCAAGAGAUGAAAAGCUUAUGACUAAUAUACUUCAAACACUUAGGAAUAAUGGUAAUGUUUUAGUAGCAGUUGAUACUGCUGGUCGUGUUUUGGAACUGGCUCACAUGUUGGAUCAACUAUGGAAAAAUAAAGAAAGUGGCCUAUUGGCAUAUUCAUUAGCUUUCUUAAAUAAUGUCACUUAUAAUGUUGUAGAGUUUGCAAAAUCCCAGAUAGAGUGGAUGAGUGAAAAAUUGAUGAAAAGUUUUGAAGGAGCUAGAAAUAAUCCAUUUCAUUUUCGCCAUGUUGUUCUAUGUCAUUCCAUGGCAGAACUCGCUCGUGUUUCUAGUCCCAAAGUUGUAUUAGCAAGUGGUAUAGAUAUGGAAUGUGGAUUUUCACGAGAACUAUUUGCUAUGUGGGCUAGUAAUCCUAAUAACAGUAUCAUACUGACUGCUAGAUCAUCACCUGGAACUCUUGGUCGCGACUUAAUAGAUAAUGGUGGGGAGAGAACUAUUGAAUUAUUAAUGCAGAAACGAGUGAAGCUAGAUGGUAUUGAAUUGGAAGAAUAUUUAAGACAACAAAAGGAAAAUAGAGGACAAAUGGCCUCAAUGAAACGGGAGAAAGAGGUGAUGAGCUCAGAUUCAGAAGACGAACUGGAAAUGAGUAUAAUUACUGGUAAACAUGAUAUUGUUGUUAAACAAGAGGACAAACCACAGACUGGAUUUUUCAAGACUAACAAAAAACAGCAUGCCAUGUUUCCUUUUGUUGAAGAGAAAAUCAAAUGGGAUGAGUAUGGAGAAAUAAUUAAACCUGAAGAUUAUAAAUUUGCUGAAAUGGUUGAUGAUGUUGAAGAAGUUAAAGAAAAUAUUAUUUUGAAGCCAGUUGUAAAGAAUGUUGAAGAAAUAGUUGAUACUACAGAAACUCCGACAAAGUGUAUUUCAGCAUUAAAAAAGAUAGAAAUUAAAGCACAAAUACAGUAUAUAGAUUUUGAAGGGCGAUCAGAUGGGGAGUCUUUAUUGAAAAUUCUUUCACAAUUAAAGCCGCGUAGAGUUAUAGUUGUGCGCGGUUCUGUAGAAGGAACUGAUGCUAUCAGAUUACAUUGUGGACAGAUGGGUACUCGAGUAUUUUGUCCAAAAAGAGGUGAAAUUAUUGAUGCUACAACUGAGACUCACAUUUAUCAGGUCAGAUUAACCGAUGCUUUAGUAUCCCAGUUAAUGUUCCAAAAGGGCAAGGAGGCUGAAGUUGCAUGGAUGGAUGCUGAAAUUGCAGUUCGUGACAGCCAUCUUGACAGAACUCAAGUUUCUGAAGAAGAAGAGCAAGAAGAGCCAAUGGAACAUUGUAUUCUCACUUUGGAGCCGUUAGCAGCUACUGAUAUUAAAGGGCAUAGAUCUGUGUUCAUCAAUGAAUUGAAGCUAGCCGAUUUCAAACAAGUAUUGAAUAAGUGCAACAUUCCAUCUGAAUUUUCAGGUGGUGUAUUGUGGUGUUGCAAUGGAACCCUUGCUAUUCGUAAGGUUGAUACAGGACAUGUAACUGUUGAAGGUUGCUUAUCAGAAGAUUAUUAUAAAGUCCGAGAACUUCUAUACGAACAAUAUGCUAUUGUUUAAAAAUAAUGUAAUAUAAUGAAUAAUCUAAUUAACAGCUGGAAACAUUGCAGGUAAAAUCGGUUGAAUAAAAAUUAAUUUCAAUAUUUAUGAAA